CCGAGUGGGCGAGAGAAGAGCCCGCGGGCGCUUGCACCUGGGCUUAGAGGCCGCCAGCUGGCCCCGCCUCCUGACCUUGACUCUCUCGCGCAGUUCCUACCUUUUGGGACCCGGCGCUGCGCACCCUCCGCCCGGAACUACAUUUCCCGGCAGCACGCGGGCGCGCGCACGCGCACCGGGGCCUCCGCCAUGGCGACAGUGCUGUCCAGGGCGCUCAAGCUCCCGGGGAAGAAGAGCCCAGACCUAGGGGAGUAUGAUCCCCUUACGCAGGCCGACAGUGAUGAGAGUGAGGACGAUCUUGUGCUUGACUUGCAGCAGAAGAACGGAGGGGUCAAAAAUGGGAAGAGUGCUCUGGGGGAAGCCCCAGAGCCUGACUCAGAUGCUGAGGUGGCAGGGGCCGCAAAGCCACGUGUUUCAGAGGGCCCCGCAGAGGGGUACCCCUCGGAACCCCUCGGAGGCCUGGAGCAGAAGACAACCUCUUCCCUCGUGUCCUACGUACGCACAUCUGUGUUUCUGCUGACCUUGGUGAUCUCGAUGGUCCUGGUGCUCGUAUGUGCGUUCCUGAUCCCCUGCCCCCCCAGAGAUCUGCACAGCACCUGGAGCCGCCACUUGGGCCCCCAGGGAGGUGGGGACCUGUCUCCAUUGGCGUUGGCUGAUGUGAAUGGAGAUGGCCUGCGGGAUGUGCUUCUCUCCUUUGUAACUUCACGGAAUGGCAGUGCCAUCGGUGUCUCAAGGCCUCCUGCUGUUCUCGUGUGCCUUUCGGGGAUGAACGGGAGCACGCUCUGGUCUAGUCCACUCCCUGAGGAGGCUCGAGAUAUUACAUGUUUGGAUCUGAUGCCAGGAAGCGUGGCCGGGACCAUCUGCCUUGUGACAGGGAUGCACAAGAUGUUCAGCGCAUUCAAUGCGACAUCAGGGAAAGCCAUUUGGACUUUACACCCAAACUACCUAUCCAACGGCACCCUGGCUGCCCCAGGGGUGGUACUGCCAGAUGUGGACGAAGAUGGCGUUCGAGAUCUUGUGGUUCUGGCUGUUGGGGAAUCACAGCAGGAUCUGUGCUUUCUGCUGGUGUCUGGCCGGACAGGGAGUCCAGUGGGCCGAGCUGUGAAGUACAACAUCGUAGGAGUGGGGAAUCUCAUUGGUCCUCAGGUCUACAUCACUGCAAAUGGGGCUGUCUACAUCCUGUUUGGCUUUGGAAAUAUCCAAGCUGUCACCCUGCGGGACAUUUUUGUUCAGGCCCAAAAUCGAGACAGCGCGCCACCUUCUCUGCAGACGGAAGAGCCCGAAUGGGAGAAGCGACGAUCCAUCAACCUGUCAGAACUCAUUGACAUUUACAGCGACGGUGUUGAGCUGCUCCAGAUGGUGAAGGCACCGGAUUCCAACUGCAGCAACCUCCUGAUCACAACCAGACAGGCCCUGGUCCUGCUCCGGGGGCAGAACCUCACACCACACUGGACCCUGAGUCUUCCAGGCCUACCCAGCCAGCCCACACCUGGGUAUUUCACUGAUGAUCAGACGUUAGACUUCCUCCUGCAGAUACAGGAUGGAGUCGGGAUGAAAAAGAUGAUGGUGGUGGAUGGGGACUCUGGCUCUGUUAUUUGGAAUUACACCGCUCCAAGUCACUUGAAAAGAACACCAACCACCUCCGCAGUUACUUCGGACCAGAAGUCCGUCUUCCUCUUUUGGGCUGAAGGGCUGCCAGCUGCCCCCUCCAAUUCCGAUGUUCUCCUGGGAACCGAGCCACCCAGCCUUUACCACCUUUACCUCCUGCACCCGGCGUUCCCCUCCAUUCUUCUGGAUCUGGCCAAUGCCACGGGCACAGUGACGGCUGCAGAGGUUGGAAUUAACGACAUCUGGAAAGAUGCCUUUUAUGUUACCAGGACAACGGGGCCAAGCUCCAGAGGCCAUCCAGCACCCCUGGUGGUCAGCAAGCUGAGUCUGCGGUGGGCACUGAUGGAGGGCCAAAUGGUCCAGCUAAAGGAGACCACCCCCAAAAUUGGCCGUGGGGAGCUGCGACGAUUCCUCUCUAGGAUCAAGUUUGUUGAUUCUCCCUUGCAGAUCUAGUCGGAGGCAGCCUGUAGUUUGAGAAGAAGUGAGCAGAACGGAUGCUGUUUCUCUCCUGUCGGUAUAAAAUCAGUGCUUUGGAGAGAAGGAAGACUUCUUCAACCUCCUCUCGCCACCUCUGCGUGGUUGUGGCAGAGUCCUUCGGAAGGCACGUUGGAGUUCUUCAGUAACGGCACGAACCCUGUGGUUGGGGUGUUUGACCUACUUUUUCAACCUGUGCAUUAAGCCCCACCUCUAGGCACUCCGUGUGGAUAGUUUGGAAAUGUGAAUCUAAUAAUUGUUUUGUUUUUUGUAUGUCUAACUUAUAAACUCCUGCUGGGAGAUUCCAGUGAAGUUCCUCACUGGAGCAUUUUUUUUUUUUUUUUUUGCAUCAUGCCACGUGUGUGUAGUUUUCAGCAUUGUGAUGAAAUAUUUUCUAGAUAUUUCCUAAGCUCAAGGGACUCAGUUUCUUGUCCUGAAAUACAUCUGGUUUGUUUGGUCAUCUUGAGGCUUCCAGAUGGCCUGCCUCUGAUUAUCAGGGCCACUCAUCAUUCCUCUCCUUAUACUUUCCCCACCUGUUCCUCGGCUUUUCUGCACCCUCAGCAGAGUGAGAAAGACUGAUAGCAGGAGCCAGGGUGAGCCACCCCAGCAUUCACCUCUUCCUUAUGCAUCCUGUCUCCUCACACUUCCCAUGUCUGUAUUUAGUGACCAUAGAACCGCCAUAUUCCCAGCAGAAGGGGAGCAAUGAUGAGGGCCAUAUGUUACCUUGUGGUGUUGAUUGUUCUGCCGGUCCUGACUUUUUUUUUUAUUACUGCAGUAGCUUUGAAAGUGCUUAUGUGUAUGCUGUCCUCCACAUCGAGGAAAACUGAAGUCGGGAACAACUGAGGCAGAUACGCUCCUCUCUGCUUCAUCUCUACUCUGCCUCCUUAGCAUUUUCUACUGGGCGUCCUCCUUACCACUUCUCUUUUGCCCUCCUUUCUUCAGGGAUGUUUUUGCUUUGCUUGCAUGAGAGCAAAGCUGUUUCUGGACUUUUCCUCUCACUCUUGAGCCCAGGAUGCAUCUCUUUUGCCCUGCACACCUCUUCUCUCGAAGAAUCUUUGAAGCAUUGUAUUUUGAGAAAAAAUUCCUAUGUAAAUGCUGUAACUUUUAUAAUUGGUUAAGUUCUUUAGAAUUUUUCUCCAGUGGUUCUCCCUUCUUAAGUUCUCUCCUAAACUAGGUCAUUGUAUAUUUAGCCAAGAUCCCGUGUUAGCUGGAGGAGAACUGCUUUCCCUAGUGAAUAGUUUUGCUAGGUCAUCUCUGAGUGCCACGUAGGUUCUCUCUUUACUUGAGGCCGUAUUUGUUUAACUUGUGUUAAUAAAGGAAUUCAGAUUAGAGAGAGAUUGUAGGAAAUUAGGGAGCCUGCAUUGAUGGGAUACUAACUGCCCCAUUGUUAGGCAU